AGAGGAGGGUUCGUUGGUUGUUGGAUCAGAGGGGUUGGGCUGCCUUUGCUGGUUUGAAAAAACCUCCCGCGAGCCACCAGACGUUGGUUUCGCCUCCGGUGCGUUCGCGUCGCUCUCUUCUCCCGCAGCCUCAGCAGCAGCAGCAGCAGCAGCAGCAGCAGCAGCAUCUUCAGAGAGCAGCCUCACCUGCACCUCCUCUGCGCUCCUCCACCUCUGCUCCACUCACUUCACCGCUGCAGCACAGAGAAAGCGGGCGGACAAGGACCAGCCUCUGUGCUUUUCUGCAGGAAACUAAAGGGAUACAAAGGCUGAAGAUGGUGAAACUGGGGAGUAAUAUUCAGGACAAAGGGGCCAAAGCUGUGAGUGUGGAGGACGGCUUUCAGAAUGUGCCCCUCAUCACUCCACUGGAUGUUGGCAGCCUCCAGAGUCAUGUACCUGACAAGGUGGUGGUGAAGACCCGCACAGAGUACCAAACAGAGAAGAAACGCCUGAAGGUUCCUAAGGUGGAGGAGUUUACCAUCAGCUUUACUGACGGGGUUUCUGAGAGACUUAAGGUGACCAUUCUGAUCAUCCUGGCCUUGGCCUUCCUCGCCUGCAUCGUGUUCCUGGUUGUUUAUAAAGCCUUCACCUACGAUCACGCCUGCCCAGAUGGAUUUAUUUAUAAGCACAAGCGCUGCAUCCCAGCCUCCCUUGAGGCUUACUACGCUGCCCAAGAUGCCAACUCGAGGGGCCGUUUCUACACAGUGAUCAGCCACUACAGCAUGGCCAAGCAAACCACCUCUCACUCGGUCUCCCCCUGGCUGCCGGGAGGAGCGGCGGGCCAUGACACUAAGCCACCAAGCGGUGAAAGCCACUGAGAUAACACACACAAACACAUGCAGACUUGAGAGUUUAUUCAAGGGGGGAUAAAGAUCGCAUACAAACACAAUUAUGUCUGGUGGUGUUAAGAAAAAAUUGAAUUCCAACCUCCCAAAACCAAAACAAAAAAAAUCUAACAUUACUAUGGUAUAGAGUAAAAACAUGCAUGCAGACAUUAGAACCCACAGACUAAUUCCCACUCCCAAUAUGCCGUCAGCCCUUUCAUAUGCUCCUUCCUCUUCUCUGUAGGAACCCUCAUCAUUAGCUGACUUGCACACUCACACUCCCCUUUUUACCCCCUGUUCUCUCAUUUCUUUGAUUGCCAUGUUUAUUUUUGACUGUAAGGUGUGACAUUUUCUACGUGACUGCAACUCUUUGUACAAAGCUGAACUCAAUGCUUCUUCUUGUAGUGAGACUCUCUGUAGCAGCAAUUUCCCCCCCAAAGCCUUUAUUCUAGUUACUGUAAUCGGUUUCCUGUUUGCUUUUUGUUUGUGCAUAAAAUAAUGCCAAACUCAAGUCUUAACUAUUUAUUUUUUAAUAAAAGGUUUCCAUUUGAGGCUACUAUCCUCAGUUUUUCUCUCUGAAAGAGUCAGUUCAUCCUAUUUGUUCCAGAUGGCAUUUGCCAUGUGCAGUGCCAUACAUUUAAAACCCUUCAAUCACUGAACUUGUACAUAGAGUUGUGCAUUAAGACUAGUUUAGUGUGUAUGCAUUGUUGUAGUGAGUUGUUUUUUUAACAGGUCUGCUCUUCCAUGUGGAUUAUUAAACACUUGGUUUAAGACUAAAGAAAUUUAUUUCUUCUUCUUUCUUUCUUUUAUUCUCUGCAAUGUGCUGUUCUGUUCAUAAAUGGGCUUCAACUGCAGUCAAUUUUUGUUUGUGUACUGUUAUCUUUUUUAUAAUGUGUAACAUUGGAUCUGUUGUCAUGAGCGCUACUGUUGAGAUAUUGUGAUGUCUUUGAUUAGAUGCCUGGGGUCAAAUGUUUAAAUUCCUCAAUUUUACAAAAAAAUUGUUAUUUUUUGCUGCUUUUCUGAAUCUUUUCUUGCUUAUUUCCAUUCAUCUCAAUCAUAAAGGCAUUUCAGUCAAAUCCCCUCCCAUUUCUAGCCAUAAAAAGACUCAUUUCCUCAUAUGGGUAGUAUUGUAAUCCAGGUGUUUGAUUUUGUGGUCUAUAUAUACAUGGGAUAUACAUUUAUUUAAAAAGUAGCUUAUACAUUUAUUAGAAACAAAAAUGAAUAAAUUGGUACACUUACUGAGACAGCUAUUUAUUGGAUUUAUUAACAUUUUGUUUUAGGAUGAAAAAAAUGCACAAAUGCAGAUGAGAUAGUUAAGAUUUAUUAAUCCAAACUAGGAAAUUCAACUGGAGUAAAUGGAGCGAUAUAAUUAUGCUUUUGACUUAUCUCUCCAGAAACUGUACAGUGAUAGUACCUUUUAGAUUUCCCUUAAGAUCUAAUUAAUCUCUCCAAAUUUUUUACAUUGUUAUGAAAGUUUUAAUAAAAGCGUCUCCUAAAAAAACCCUAAUUAUAGCCAAAAGAAAUAUCAAUGUUACAUACGGGAAUUCUUUCCACAGUUUUUGAAUCAUCUUUACGUCUUUUCUUGCCCCUUUUUUUCCAGAUUGUGUGCAGAAAAAAAAGUUUUUUGUGUGUAAACAUAAUUUAUCCAUCUGGCCCUGGGUGUAUUUUAUUAGUGUGCCACAUUGUCCCUGCUCUCUUGUUUUAAAUUCAAAAUAAAAUAAAAAAAGCUGUGACCUGUGA